UAGGCAUGAAUUAUAUUUAAAGUACAACCCCAUAAAGUGGAGAAGAAAGAAAAGAAAAUUAAAGUUAGGCAAAGUGGUCACAAGAUUUAGAGCGGGCCUUUCUUUUGAAACAAAAUUCUAGCAGAAAACAAGUAAGAAACCCACGUUCCUAUUUAUCAGCCUAACUGUCCCCUAACUGCUAAAAGAACCACCUCUUCCUUCUCCCCCCAUAUAUCUUCCCUAUUCAGUUUCCUUAUCACCUUCUUCUUCUUCUUCUUCCUCUCUGCUACUACCCGUAACCUCAACAAACCAAAGAAAUCCCUUAAAGACCCUUCUAUCGGUAACCAAGAAAGAUGAAGUGGGGCAAGAAGAGAAAAUCUUCUUCUCGUCCUUUCUUGACCUCUCAGGUCUUACCCACUUCUUGGCUUACAAAGUUCAAGCAAAUGAGCAUGAAUUCAGGAGAAAAACAAGCAAAAAUGAAGCAAAAAGGGAAGUGGAAUUCUGUGACCACAAACCCCUCCAGCUAUGCUACUAAUACUACUGGUGUAGGAAAAUUUUAUGGAGGAGACGGCGAUGCUUUUUGGAGAUUAUCUUUUGGAGAGGAUAGUCUUGAAGGUAUGAAGAGUAGAGGUGUUUUCAAGUCAGUUCGGUACAAUUCAGACGAUGAUGAUAAUGAUCUGGAAUUUCCACCUUCAAGUUUCCAGAGCUAUAGUAGAGUUAAUGAAAAAGAAGCUCAGAAAUUCAGUGACAUGGUUUCUCAUGCAAGGAAAAUGAGAGGAUUACCAAAAGAAAUUGAGAUUUUCCCUCGAGUGCAAACAUGUAUAAGAGAAAAGGUAGCAGAAAUCAGAACACCAAGGCUUGGAGUUGAAAGAGAGAAGACAUUGAGGAAAGGAAAUUAUGGAGUUUUUGAAGAUAAACAAUUAGAGGGAAGACAAGCUGAAGCAGAAAAGCAUCCAAGAAAAGCAGUAGCCAAGAAUAUGUAUGAAAGGAAACCUGGAAAAUUUGUUGAAGGGGAGGAUGUUAAGUUGGCUGCUGCGGAUUCAAGAGAUUCUUAUCUAAGAGAAAUUGAAGAAGACUGUAGCUUGUGUGCUGAGAAAGAAAGUGAUGGAUUUUACGCAGAAAAUCAUAGCUAUAAAUGGCAAAAGUUGAAAGAAAGGAAGAUUGAAGAGGUCAAGUCGAGAAAAGAAGAGCAGAGGAAAUCGGUAUACAUAAGCAGGGAUGUGGAGAGGAAAACAAAGCAGAACAACAAAGUAAAAGUUAAUUCUCCAAGAACAGCUUCAAAAGCUGAAAUUUGCAAAAUAAAAGCUCUUGAAGACAUGAAGAAAGCCAAGUUGAAAGCGAAAAAGAAGGCAAAGGGGAAAACAGUGGAGGAAUUUCAGGGCUUAGAGAGCUUUGCUGUGGUGAAAUGUUCGUAUGAUCCUCAAAAAGAUUUUAGAGAUUCAAUGGUUGAGAUGAUUAAGGAGCAGAACAUUAGCCGAUCGGAAGAACUUGAAGAACUCCUGGCAUGCUACCUGACAUUGAAUUCUGAUGAGUACCAUGAUCUUAUCAUCAGGGUUUUUCGGCAGGUAUGGUUUGACCUAAACCAAGCUAGUUUCGUCGCGAAUUAGAGAAUGAAAAGAGUUAGUAUGAAUAAUUAAUUGAAUUGCGCAAAUGCUAGGGAAACUUGUCAAUAUCUUGUAAAUAGGUUAGACGUUGCUAUUAUGGAAUUAUGCUUCUAAUUGUAAUUUGAUCAAAGAUAUUAUAGCUUCAAGUAACAGUAAAGUUGACAAA